AGAGAGCGAGAGAGAGAAAGAGAGCGAGAGAGAGAAAGAGAGCGAGAGAGAGAACGAGAGCGAGAGAGAGAACGAGAGAGAGAGCACGAGAGAGAGAAGCGAGAGAGAGAGCAAGAGAGAGAAAGAGAGCGAGAGAGAGAACGAGAGAGCGAGAGAGAACGAGAGAGAGAACGAGAGAGAGAACGAGAGAGAGAACGAGAGAGAGAGCGAGAGAGAGAGCGAGAGAGAGAGAGCGAGAGAGCUAAAAGAAAGAGAGCGAGAAAGACAAAGAGAGAGCGAGAGAGAGAACGAGAGAGCGAGAGAGAGAACGAGAGAACGAGAGAGCGAGAGAGAGAACGAGAGAGCGAGAGAGAGAACGAGAGAGCGAGAGAGAGAACGAGAGAGCGAGAGAGAGAACGAGAGAGCAAGAGAGAGAACGAGAGAGCGAGAGAGAGAACGAGAGAGCGAGAGAGAGAACGAGAGAGAGAACGAGAGAGAGAACGAGAGAGAGAGCGAGAGAGAGAACGAGAGAGAGAGCGAGAGAGAGAGCGAGAGAGAGAGCGAGAGAGAGAGCGAGAGAGAGAGCGAGAGAGAGAGCGAGAGAGAGAGCGAGAGAGAGAGCGAGAGAGAGAGCGAGAGAAGCGCGAGGGAGAGAGAAAGAAAGAGCGCGAGGGAGAGAGAAAGAAAGAGCGCGAGGGAGAGAGAAAGAAAGAGCGCGAGGGAGAGAGAAAGAAAGAGCGCGAGGGAGAGAGAAAGAAAGAGCGCGAGGGAGAGAGAAAGAAAGAGCGCGAGGGAGAGAGAAAGAAAGAGCGCGAGGGAGAGAGAAAGAAAGAGCGCGAGGGAGAGAGAAAGAAAGAGCGCGAGGGAGAGAGAAAGAAAGAGCGCGAGGGAGAGAGAAAGAAAGAGCGCGAGGGAGAGAGAAAGAAAGAGCGCGAGGGAGAGAGAAAGAAAGAGCGCGAGGGAGAGAGAAAGAAAGAACGCGAGGGAGAGAGAAAGAAAGAACGCGAGGGAGAGAGAAAGAAAGAGCGCGAGGGAGAGAGAAAGAAAGAGCGCGAGGGAGAGAGAAAGAAAGAGCGCGAGGGAGAGAGAAAGAAAGAGCGCGAGGGAGAGAGAAAGAAAGAGCGCGAGGGAGAGAGAAAGAAAGAGCGCGAGGGAGAGAGAAAGAAAGAGCGCGAGGGAGAGAGAAAGAAAGAGCGCGAGGGAGAGAGAAAGGAA